AUGCCUCUUCGGACUAAAAACGCCAUCAUCAAGGAUGAGGAGUGGAUGAGGGUCCAACCGAUCAUCCGCAGACUUUACCCCCUGGAGGACAAGAGUUUGAAGGAUGUCAUUUCAAAACUCUGCACAUUUCAUGAUUUCCGUCCAAGUCUGACAGGGCGGGGCCAGCUGGGGUCGAAGCUUAAGCAAUGGCACAUGACGAAAAAUAUGACGAGCCUGGAGUGGAAGCAUGUCGACGCAAGAAUACGCCGGCGCCGAAUCCAGGGCAAAGAAAGCAAGGUCUAUCUGUCGGGUAUCCCACUCCGUCCCGCGACUGUCGAGAAGGCGAGAAGCCGCCAUUCCUUUGAGUCUACCUUGGACAAACUUGCUGGAAAAACACCCCCGUCUCCAAAAGACCUUCCCUUGAUCAUUCGCACGCCGUCGCCACCAGCUGAGGAGUCAACUUGGGAGCGAUCUUUCGGUCCCAGCGCAGCAGUGGUUCACAGCCGCUCCCCGUGA